UCCCGUACACAUGUUUCUCGCGGUGACGGCCAGUGCACGGCUCGCCCGCGAUGGCGUCCGCAGGCGCUCCCGAGCCCACUUAUAAAGGGAACUGAUAAAGCCAGAUAUCGUUCAGUCUCGAUCCCCCGCCAGCUCCGACGUAUCCCGGCUCGAUCGCGCGUCCCAGUUUUCUCGUGAUCCGUGAGGCGAGCGUGCCACGAGGCUACGAAAUCAGAGCGAAAACUGCCGACGACCGCGGAACCGACGCACACGAGCGCGCGAAACGAUAGGGGCACACAGGAACCUGGGCAGAGAAGGGGCCCCAAGCUUUCCGCUGUACCAACGACGAGACCAAGAAGUCGUCCAGGUCACGAGUAGCUCGACGAAUCCAAUGGAGAACUACACCUCGGACUCCAGCGACUCGGACUCCAGUGCAAAGACACUGGACCUGUCGUACCUGAUGCUGGACACGCAGCUGCUGAACGAUCAUUUCCUAAACGCGAAAAGCCCCGAGCAAGUGGACACAUUGCUGCUCAACAGGAAUCGCCUGACCAGCAUCCCGAUCAGCAUCAUCCGUUUCACCAACCUAAAUACGCUGUCCAUAUCGAACUGCGGUCUCCAUCGGCUGCCAGACUUCCUAGGCAAUUGUCCCUUGUCCUGCUUGCUAGCUAAGAAUAACAACCUAACGAACGACUCGCUGCCCAAAAGUUUCGAGAACCUGGUGGGUCUCCGCGAGCUGAACCUCAGCGGGAACCGGCUGACGGAGUUUCCCGAGCAGAUUCUCGAUCUAGCGGAGUUGAAGUAUCUUUACCUGGGCGGUAAUCAUAUCACCGAGGUCAGCAAGGAUGUUUGGAAGCUGCAGAGAUUGCACGUGCUGUCGAUGGGAGGCAACAGACUGACGGAAGUGCCCUCGACGCUGGGUCAGCUGAAGUGCCUGCAGGCCUUGGUGCUCUGCGACAAUAUGCUGGAGAGUCUGCCCAGCUCCAUAGCCAAUUUAAGCAAUUUGAAGUCGUUGCUGUUGCACAAGAACAGACUGAGGACACUGCCUACCGAGAUUAUCACCUUAAAGUGUUUGACCGAGUUAUCCCUGAGGGACAAUCCUCUUGUAGUGCGGUUCGUGUCGGACAUGACGCACAAUCCUCCGUCGCUGCUCGAGUACGCUGCCAGAGUGAUCAAAACCAGCGAGAUCAGAUACGACGAGGAGAACAUACCGAGGAACCUGGUGGAAUAUUUGAACAGCGGCCAUCGAUGCGUCAAUCCGAAGUGCAAAGGUGUGUUCUUCAACAAUCGCGUGGAACACGUCAAGUUCGUCGAUUUCUGCGGCAAAUACCGUUUGCCGUUGCUGCAGUAUUUGUGCAGCAGGAAGUGCAUCGCGUCACGGGACGGGGACGAAGUGGUCAGCGGAGCGAUGAUCAAGAAAGUUCUGCUUGGCUGAUCCCUGCUGACUGUUCUUUACCUUGAAGAUCUGUCCAAGCGUAAAAGAAGCUAAGAGUCGGGGAUUGAUCCGAGGACGCAGACUUCUUUCGAUUGGUUCGGAUCUUCAAUGGGGUUUAUCCGAGACUGCGUCCUCUUGGAACAUAUUCGGUUGUCACGAGGAUCCUUGGCAAGACAAGGGACCCGUAGAGACGCGCGACAGCGUCGUAAACGAGAAACAUUCGCGCUGAAACGGAUUAGGAACACUCGCACGGACAACGUUACUUUGCUCAACCAUCAACGGAUCUCAUUGGAUCAAUAUCAUCGAUAUAAGAACACUUAUACGGAAAAUAUGUUUGUUCUAACAACUGAUUGUAUGCGACGUAAUGGCGGCUCGUAAAGGUAUAAGGUUAGGAAUGCGUUUCAAGUUUCCACGAAUUCUUUCGAAUCUUAUUGAAAGAAAAGGCGGAAGCAGCUUUUUGGUUUGUAAACGCGGCAAAACCUGGAAGAUUUAUAAGUGCGAAUAUCUAGGUGAAAAAGAAUCUCUUCACUGCCAUCUAGAGUAGUCGCGGCCGGCGACGAGAAAAUGGCGACCGUUCGCCACUUGUUGUUCUUCCUGGCUAUGGAUCGCGAAUGAAACCGCAGGCCCGUUAACAUUAUCGUUUUAUUGUUAAAUAAACCACAAAAUGUACAAUAAUAAUAUUAUCAUCAUAUAGAGCCCCGCAAACAGAGGCGGUCGAUUCUCGCUUAAACACAUACCAUUAAUAUUCUACAAUUACCAUAUCGACUAUGUGUGUUCUGUGUGUGAGACCGUGUGAAACUAAAACACAUCCGAGAAAGUGAACGUAGUAGCGAGAAAUACGCGCGGCGACGGGCACGCGAAGAGCUGCCCGCCACGUACCCGUUGCAAUUCAUUUAGGAUCUCUCAUAGAACAUCGUUUUAAUAAUUCGAAUAAUCGGUGUGUGACGAUCGUAAACAUAGCAAUUGUAAUAAGAGUUCGCUACUUUUUUCCUCUCUCUCUUUCUCUCUCUUUCUCACUCUCUCCCCCUCUCUCUCUCUCUCUCUCCCUCUUCCC